AUGGCUGCUUCUCUUAAUCGUCCCUCAGCAAAAUUAUGUCCAAAAACCAUCGAUCCUUUUUCAACUUCUCCAAAUAAAUCUCCAUUUUUAAAUGCAUUCUCAUCCGGACGUAUUCCUUGUCGUCUUGUACAUGGUUCAGUAAAAAAUCGUUUAGCAUGGAAUACAUCAAUUGAUGAUCUUAAUUAUGAUCCUGUCGUUGUUUUAUUAGCUGAAGGUUUACGUGAAACAGCACAUCCAUUGCCAUUUAUUAGUCGACAAGGUUUUACUGAACUUAUGUCAAAUGUCAAUGCCGCACCAAAAGUUAUACCACUUUUACCUAAUUUAAUUAAUCCAAUUAAAUUAGCAUUAAGCUCAAAUAAUGAUGAAAUUUUCGAAGGUGCUUUAACUGCAUUAACACAAUUAAGUACAGUUGUUAAAAGUGAAUUAGAUAAAUAUUUAAAAACUUAUUUAAGUAUUCUAGCAAAACAUAUGUCGAAUCGUAAACAUCGAGAUAUGGUGAAUAAUGCAUUGAAUGUUUUUGAAGAAAACGGUGACAAAGAUAUUUUGAUAAUCAUUAAAUCAAAGAUACCAACAUAUUGUAGUAUACAUAUGUAA